AUGGUGGAAUCCUAUGUCUUCUUUGUCUUGGUGAUUGCCACGUGGUAUUAUGCCACUUACGGGCAGCGCCUUGCGACGGGCAUCUUCAUUUCGAUCACCGCCACGUGUAUCGCGAACUUGGCCACGGUCUGGGCCAACUUGCUCCGCUGGCGGCGGAACAAACGGUCAGAUGACUUUCCGACGUGUGGUAAAUGCUGUAAGGGGAAGGGGCGGAAACGUCCGGAGGAGUUGGAGUGGUUUCAGUUGAUGGAUUCCAUGGUGCGCUCGGACACCGCCGUUUCCGAGCAGGGUGCUGCAGCGGCCUCGACCGACGCGGCCACGGACGAGGUGGACACUCCUCAGGAGCGAAGGGUGACGAAUGAAGCGAAUGACAUGACGAAUGAAGCCUGUGAAGGUGCCGAGAGGCUGCAUGCUCAAAGAACUGCGGUCGACCGGAAUGAAGAGAUCACAGAGUUCCAUGUCUAA